AUGGACGUCCUCACUCAAAUCAAAGCUGACCACGACAAUGUCAAGAGCCUGUUCGCCAAGUACAAGGCGGCUUCUGGCUCUGAGAAGACCUCACUCGCUCAGACUCUCAUAGCUGAGAUAAAGGCUCACAGCGCCGCUGAGGACGCUUCGAUCUACGCGGACUACUCCAAGUUUGGCCUGAGCGCCGCCUCCAAUAAGCGGGAGCACGCUGAGAUCAACAACCUCGUCGCUGGUGCCUCCGCUUCGGAUGAUGCUGCUGUCACCAAGGCCGUGACCACCUUCAUCUCCCACUCGGAUGAGGAGGAGAGUCAACAAUGGCCCGCUAUCAAGGCUAAGCUGUCGGCUGGCGAGAGUGACGCUCUUGCCAAACAAUUUGUCAUCGCGAAGAAGAGCGUUGCCUGA